ACUUCAUAAACUAUACAAUAUCGAACCACUGAACACGUAGCCAAGCUCAGAAUGUUUGGGGGAAACUGAGAACUGUACUUCAAUAGGCUGUUCAACGAGCACCGCACAGGAGUACAAGCGACCCAUCAUUUCAAAGCAACACUGCUGAGACUGAGAGACGAUAGGAAAUUGUCAACCCUGUGGAUCUCACUACCAACCGGGACUACUGAAUGUAUAAUAUAGUUGACACGUACACAAAUAAUGAAGUUCUCGGAGAAGCUGAUUUAUGAAUUCAUGAAGUUCCACUUUGAGAAGAGCAACACACGUAUAAAUGCAGAUGCCAUCAAGUUGGUCGCCAAGAUAAUGGAGCUGGUAGCCAAGGAAGGUGCAACACGAGCAGCAUACCAGGCCAAGCAGGAGGGAGCCGACACUGUCACAGUUGAGCACUUGGAGAAAGUUCUUGCUCAGUUGUUGCUGGAUUUAUGAGGUGAAAACUACCAAUAAAAUUAUUGUGCCAAGAGGAUAUGCAUCAUGGAAUUUGGAAAUAAUGGCUUCAGGGUCAGUAAAGACAACCUGAAAAUUCUUAUUGAUGUAAGAUUAUACCCAGACUCACCCAACACAACUCAUCAGUUGAAAGAGUGCAGUGCACGCCUGAGCUCCUGAACACAGCAUUAUAGUAAGGUUGUCACACAGUACUGUACAUAUACAGUACUCUAAUUUAAAUUAAUAAAGUCUUCACUAUUAA